GGGGAACGCAUACCCUCAUUUUCUUCGCCCUAUCAGUCAACGGCUUCACGUCCAACAAAUACUGACCGAGCCUCGAAUAAACAGUUUCGAUAACUAGAUUGGUCUUGUGCUGCUCUUACUAGCGUCCCUUUAAGUUCGAGGUGACGGUCACACGAAGAUAUAUAGGGCACCCACCCAUGUUACCGUACCCGUUAACCCGCUCUACGAGGCAUAACAUUGACCCGCGGGCUUUGGCGGCUGCCCACUGGGCCCCAACCUUGCGUCCGCUUAAGCCUGUUAGCGCGCGCGCGCGAGGUGUGUCGCGCGCGCCGCUCGUGUCUGAGUCGAUCCGUCGCCAAGGCCUCGACCAGAUUGAUGCAUGUCGCACCAGGAGGGGGAAGCCCUGCGGCUCGGGGCUGCUUUGUCCUUAAUUGCAUUACAUUCGAAGGAUACGCGUCCCGCGGUCGACCCGCCGAAGCGCGUCGGACCACGCAACGCUGAGCACAAUUCAACGGCUUCUCGCCGCCCCCCUCUACGAACACGGGGCCAAAAGAGGGGCGCGCCCAGCGGCCCUCGUCACACGCGCACGGACACGUGGUGAAAGCGCGUCGCACCUGACUGACUUGCCUCCGUUGCACAGGUGUCGUGUGCGCGUCUCCAGCUCGGGUGGCUUUGUUCGUUAGGUACAGCGAGUUUACGGCGUGUUGUCGCCGACUGGCCCCGGCGGCGUACGUUGCUCGUCCCGCGUGUCUUGUUUCUUGCCAGAACUGCAUACAGUGCGUGCAUGUGAACCGCCGCAUCUCCGUUGUCGUGCAACGAGCCACUGAACGGGCACCGAUACGUGGGUGGUCGAGAAAGAGUGCGUGUUCUGUGCGUUAGGAGUGGGAGGCGACGAGCGUCAAUCAUGGAGCAGGACGAGCUUGAAGAACUCAAGAACGAAUUACAACUGCUAAACAUCAAGAUCAAGGAAGGACAACAAGCGGCCGCGGACAAAACUUUCCAGGAAGCGCUCAAGGACAUCGAGAAAGAGGCCAAGUUCCGGAUCAAGCAACGUCGCAUCCUCAAGGGACACAUCUCCAAAGUGACCACGGCUCAUUUCUGCGGGGACAGCAAGAAGGCGGUGUCAGGAUCACUGGAUGGCAAACUCAUCAUCUGGGAUGUCUUCACGGGAAACAAAAUGCGCGUUAUCCCGCUGCGCUCCAGCUGGGUGAUGGCGUGUGCUUACGACGAGCAAGGCAAUUACGUGGCCGUCGGAGGCAUGGACAACAUGUGCACCAUCUACGACCUGCGUGGCACCAGCGCCAAGGUGCGACGCGAGCUGACCGGCAUGGACGGAUACUUGUCCAGCGUACGCUUCCUCGGAGACUCGCAGGUCAUCACCGGCUCCGGGGACACAUGCGUUGUCCUGUGGGACUUGGAAAGAGGCCAGAAAGUCGUGACAUUCGAGGCCCACGAGGGAGACGUCAUAAGUCUGUCGUUGAACCCCGACAAAACGACCUUCGUUACCGGAUCCGUGGACAACACCGCACGGCUCUGGGACAUCCGAGAGAAGGAAUGCCGUCAGACGUUCCGCGAGCACGAGGCAGACGUGAGUUCGGUUUGUUUCCACACGGGAGGCAACGUGUUCGCGACGGCUUCCGAAGACAAGUCGUGCCGGCUGUUCGACGUGCGCAGCGACCAGCAGCUCAGCCGCUACCAGAACCCGCGCGAGUCGUCCGCCUUCACGAGCUGCGGACUGUCGCUGUCCGGAAGGCUGCUCUUCGCAGGCGCCGACGACCACGACGUCCACGUUUGGGACACGCUGUCCACGCGUAGAGUCGGUAACCUGUCCGGCCACGAGAACAAGGUGACCUCUCUCACCGUCAGUCCCGACGGUGUGGUGGUGGUGACUGGCUCCUGGGACUCCAGCGUCCGAGUGUGGGGCUGACCGGCAGCGUCACUCAACAAAGCUAUCUGUUCGCACAACGUCACGAGAAAGUGCAGUGUACGCGUACGUUCAUACAGAUUUUUACUCCGGAUGUUUUAAUACAGUCUCGAGUAUUGCGACACUAAGCUCGCCGGCACCCUUUGCAGGCUCGUGCCUGGCCCUACUACUAUGUACAGUACCUCGUUCUACGUGGUGGUGGGGCGUUAUAAGAAAUAAGCAACAAACUUGCCUCCACAUGGGAUUUCCGAGCGCUGUCAGCCGCAGAACGUAUUGCAGCCGAUACAGCACUAGCCCUAUAUCGUCAAAUGUACAAAGCGCCGGCGAUCGGGCUACUACGUUAUGAAAGGUUCAAGCGACAACCAGAUAUUUCCGGCGUGCCGUCGACGCAACCAUUUUGCACGCAAUGCGAGCGGAGAUAAUGACCCAAAUGGAUACCAUGGCCUAUUUGAACCAGUAACCGGGAUCACAUACUUCCUUGAGAAAAAAUAAAGGAACCAGGGAUUAUGCAUAAAGCCGGUCUUCACCUAUGAAUGAGACUUCAGGACUGCAGCCCAAAGUUGCAUUGCGAACUUUCCGGUACACUCGUAAAUUUCGGCUUAUGCGUGAAUCAUGAAUAAAUUUUUUUCGGCAAGCA